UCUGCGUGGACUCCAGACUACCCGAGAUACUCGAUGCUGGCGUCUAUGUUGAUAGCGGUGGCGGCGACCAUUGGGCUCUGGCCGCCGGUUGGAGCGCAGCCGCUGUGCCGUGUUCAAAAAGUGAGAACAGGAAAAGUGUUCAGUGGUGAACACCAAGUCCAUGGGGAUUCCCUGUAUUUUCCAUCUAUGACAACAUGCCUGAUUAAACAUCCAUGUAAGAAAACUACAGCAAUAUAUUUAGGGCAGCGCGUCUUCUUCACGACAGAUGACUUCUCGAGCAGCCUCUUCCCACUCACCAUCCCUACCUCCAUGAUGGUUGGCCAGCCGGAAGUGACGUCCGCACAUUUUGCAGGCUCGCAGCUGCUGCUGGUGGUGAAUCAGAAAGUGUACACGUACGACUACACUGCUGGCAUCUGGAAUGCAUCCACGGGCAUACAGCAUCCUGUUUCCCAUGUUUCUGGUGACAAUUGUUGUUUUGCUGGAAAUUCCUUUUGCCUGGAGAUAAGUAACUCAAUUUUUGCAUAUUUGCGUGGAGAGCAGAUAUCUCAGGCCAAUAUAUAUUUCUCAAAUAAUGGAGGAUCCAGUUUUAAAAAGUUUACCUAUGAAAGACAGGCUGAACUAGUCGGGACUUUAGGGGGAAUCUUCUUCCUUCACUCUUUGUCACAGGUUGGGCUGCUUGUCAUUAAUAACAGGAAGGGCAUGUUUGCGUACUCUGACCACCCCCUCAACCGGAGUCUGGGGCUGGCCUUUGACUACAACGAGACACUCGAGGUCCUCCUGCCCCCAGGCCAGAGAGGCCUACUGAUCCUCUGGAGCCAGAACAGUCUCUUCUCCUCCCUCAGCGCAGGUCAGAUCAUGGAAACCAUCCAGGUGAAGAAGGCGGACAAGACUCUGCUCCCUUCAAUCUUCGGCGCCAACAUCACCAUCCACAGCAUCGCUGUCUAUGAAAACGGGCUAGCGGCGCUGACUCGGGAGGACCAUGUGUACUAUGGGAGUCUGGGAGUCCUGUCUGGCUCCAGUUACAUCCUCAAAUUUCCAGACCAAAAAAUCUGGUCCCAGGAGGCAGCCCUGAUGUUUCUGAACUCAGGAAAGCUUCAGGUCCUGACCCCGCUCCCUGAUGCCUCAUCUCCUGCGUACGACUUCCAGAAGUGUGUGGUGAACAUUCAGGCGACUCUCAUGAAACCAGAACUCCAUGUUGCAAAGUGCAGAAUAGAACUGAUGGAUGGAUUCUUCGAAGGGAAAAUGUACACCAUGGACAUGAACAGCGAGCUGGAGAUGACAGCCACUCUGAUUCCCCAGCAGGGCACGUCCCUAGUUCCCCAGGUGAUGGUGAGCAACCCCUACUCCCUGGGGCUGAAGACCACCAUCCACGAGUACGACAACACCUUCGAAGGCAAUGUCCUGUACAAGCUGGACAUCAAGCUGAAGCAGCAGCACCACUUGGGCUGGUUCGACCCCAACUUCACCUCCAGCAUCCAGAGACCCACCAUAUCCACCCUGACUGUGGACGUAGCCAACAAGGAGAUCUCCUGUGUGGACCUGAAGCCACUGACAGCACUCAUUUCAGUUGGCUGUGAUCGGGAGAAGAAGAUCAUUGUGCAGAACAAGAUCUCUGCCUGCUCCUUGGGAGUCCUCGACCCUGCAGUGCUGCAGGACAACUACACCUAUGUAGUGGAACGGGGAUCGCUGGACCCGGGCCCAGACGGGCUGGCGGCCACCAAGGACCUGCAGGUGCUCUACCCUUUCUGGGACCUGGGCUGCCCCGGCCUCGUCUUCUACGAGACACCCUGGAAGCCAGUGAUCGAGCUGUGGCACGGGGACGAGUUCGCGGAGCUGGUGGAGGCCGAGUUCGUGCUGCGCGAGGUGCACGGGCUGCACACCUUCUCCUACACGCUCACCGCCCGCGCCGCGGGCUGCCUCUCGCAGCCGCAGAACUGGAGCUCGGUGCUGCGGAGCGCGCGAGACCCGGGCGGCAGCCCCUGGAGCAGAGAGAACUAUGUGAGCUGCCACAGCCCCAGCCCCAGCAGCCCCUUGAGGUGGCCGAACGUCCAGUAUCAGGUGCUGGGGGGCCGGACGAACAAUAAGAUCAUUUUUAAACAAAGGAACGGGAUCUACAUCUUCCACCUUUCCAUCCUGGAUCCAUACUACAGCUACUGCCGCCUGGAGACCACCUUCAGUAUCUACGUGUACGGCGCCUACCCACUGCCCCUUUUUGUGCCUGGAGUCACCAUCAUCCUGCUUGUGUGUGGCACACUGCUGGCCGUGUGGCUGGCCCACAUCCUCCCCAGACUUCCCCACACGGACACCUGCCACAAGCUCAGGGAGGCCUGCAGGCUGCUGAGCUGGAGGUGCUGCAGGCUCUGCCGCCAGCUCCGUCUCCGUCUCCGUCUCCGUCUCUGGAGCCCUGGGAAGUCACCCUGA